AUGGAGAGCCAUGUGGUACCAGCACAUAUUCACGUCAACGAGGUGGAGCAGCCGUGGAUUGAUUUUUUCGCCGCUAACACCCUCAGCUUACCUCGAAACUACGCGUGCCUACCCCUGACCUCACACCGCCGCAUCCUUCCCACUGUAUCUCAGGCAAUGCUGCGUCAUGAGGCGCAUUGGGUGGAAAAAUACAUGCGCUGUCGACGUAGCCGCACCGCCUCUACUGAAAUAUGCCCCGUCAACACGGUAGGAGGUCCAUGGUGUGAGGAGCGUUACUCGGCGUAUGGACACAUACGCCAGAGGGACACAAACCGUCAGCUUGGACGAGUGAUGCAGACGGCAGCACGUGACGGCAUGGAGUUCGUCAGCCCCCUUGAACCCAAUCCCCCUACCUGCCCAGUAGUAACGCAAGACCGUCGGGAGGAUAAAAAUUUCCAAAUUCCUCCAGGGUUUUCACGAAUACUGUUACGUGCCUCGGACGGAUAUAGUGCCGAUUGCCGUCCCUGCAAGAUCAUUGAUCUGCCCAGACCAGAGGAGUAUAGUGGAAGGUUAUUGUACUAG